AUGGAUAUAGAUUUAAGAAAAUAUUUACAACAAAAUCAUAAUCAACUUACAUGGAAAAAGAGAAUUAAUAUUACUUAUGAAAUAAUUCUUGCACUUUAUUAUAUUCAUAAAGAGAAAGCAAUUCAUAGAGAUUUACAUUCUGGAAAUAUAUUAUACUCACAAUUUAAUGAUCAAUGGAUUAUUAGUGAUCUUGGAUUUUGUGGACCUGCUGAUAAAUGUUCAACAAGUAUAUAUGGAAAUCUUCCUUACAUAGCACCCGAAGUUAUUGUUGGAAGAGAAUAUACUUUUGCAUCUGAUAUUUAUAGUAUUGCAAUUCUUAUGUGGGAAAUUUCAUCUGGACAAACACCAUUUAUAAAUUAUGAACAUGAAAAUGAUAUUGUAAUGAAUAUUAUUAACGGUAUAAGGCCAAAAAUUGUGCCAGGAACUCCAUUAGAAUAUAAAAAUUUAAUGAAAGAAUGUUGGGAUGCUGAUCCAUUAAAAAGACCUGACGCUAAUACACUUUGUAAUAAAAUAAACGAUAUUAACUUACAUUAUCAAAAUAUGUCAGAUGAAUUAUUCAAAUCAGAAAUGGAUAAUUUAGAUAUGAGUAAAGUAGAAGAAAAUUAUACGAGUAGCAGAUUAUCUACAAGUAAAAUUCACAACUUUGGAAAUCUACCUGAACCAAGAAAUGCAACAGAAGGUAUAAGUGUAUAA